GAAAGGGAGAAGGAGAGACAGUGACAGAGCUGAUGCUGAGAAAAGAGACAAAUUGAGAAAGAAAAGGUGCAAAAUUAGAAGAAAAUUCAUAAAGGAAGGAAGAUCAACAUGGAGGAGAGCAAGAGAAGGAUUUUGACCCCAAAGGAGAAAGAAAUUCAGCAAUAUGUAAGCUGUGUAGAGGAGAAGGAGGAUAAGAUCAAGAAAGGGAGUCAAGAGGUGGUUGUAAGGAGCAAAACCCAUGUAGAAGAGAAGACCAGUGUUGAAGAAAAGAAGAAAAGGAAGCAUACUGAAGAAAACCUUGAUAAUAAAAAGAAGAUCAAAUUAGAUGAUAAAGAAAUUCUUCAGGGAGGAGUUCAUGGACUGCGUGAGGAGCAGAAGGAUAAGAAGAGGAAGACUAAAAGACCAAGGAGCCCAGAAGAUCCGUUAGAAGGUGGAAGCGGAUAUAAAAAACCCUGUCUGGAUGUCAAAAGACCAGCCCCCCUGGAUAUAGAGAGCUACAGAUUCCAUAAAGAUCUCGGAAGAGGCAGCUUUGGCCGGGUGAUGUUGGCAACCUUUGCCCCGAAGAAACAACUUGUGGCAAUCAAGAUCAUCUCUAAAAAAACCAACAAGAGCAACUACGAGAACAUCAAGAAAGAAGCUCGACUCUUGAAGAUGGCCAACAGUUGCCCCUUUUUGUGUCAUUCGUACGCAGCCUUCCAAUCAGAGAUUCAAGCUUUCUUUGUGCUUGAGUAUGCCAGCGGGGGAUCAUUAUACAAAAUGAUAUCCAGGAAAGGAAAACUACCAAUGGAGAGAGUCAAGUUCUACACUGCAGAGAUUGUGAUUGGACUCCAGUUUCUGCAUUCGAAUGGCAUCGUUCAUUGUGAUCUCAAGCCUGAUAACAUCUUGGUGGAUAUGGACGGACACAUUAAGAUCUGUGAUUUUGGCCUCUCUGCUGAAGGACUGUUUGGCGAAAAGAUGAUCUGCAGAUUGUCAGGAACCCCAGGCUACCGGGCCCCAGAGGUUUUGAUAAUGAAUGACUAUAAUGCAGGGGCUGACUGGUGGUCAUUCGGCGUGAUCAUGUACGAAAUGGCCACAGGCAACCUACCAUUUGCCCCAUCAGUCAGUGCUCUGAGGGAGGUUUCCACCAUUAAGUCCUCAAAACCUGAUUAUCCAAGCCACAUGAGCCAGGAAAUGCUGGACCUCCUGUCAAAACUUCUGGAGAUAGACCAAAAGAAGCGCUUAGGAGUGAAAGGAAACAUCAGGGAGCACCCAUUCUAUGCUACAAUCAAGUGGAAAAGAAUGGAAAAGAGAAGAGUGAAGACCCCUUUCCGGCCAAAAAAGCCAUCAGCAGGUGAGUUACCAGCGAUUUCACCAGGAUUUCCUGCUGAUAGCUCCAAGAGAGAGAAGGUAGAAGAACUCUCCUAUGUGGCCUCCACCUGGAAUUGGCAGGAGUAAGGCAUUCUUCUGUGCUCAUGUGGCCCAACAUCAUUACUGCCCGGAUAGCCAGUGACCAUGCCAUCAUACCAUCAGUGGCAUCUAUUAACAUCAGGUCUGCCUGCAUUAUAAAUUUGCAACUGUCUACAGCAAGUGUCCAACCACCUAGUCAGGCACCCCAUUGGAUCCUUCUGCAAACAACAAGAGGCAACUUGAGUCAAAGUGGCAGGUAAGUACCCCUUCUCUGUAAGGGCCUACAUCUUCCUUGACCAUCAGAGAUGAAUUUCAUCUUCAUCCUAAAGGGAGCAAGGUUGGUAUAAACCGACUAAGUUUUUCUUAAUUUUUAUAGUUUUAUAAGAUAUAUAGGAUAAAAAAAAUAAUAAAAAAAAAUCAAUAUAUAGAAUAUUAGAUCAUAUAAAAUAUGAUGUAUAGAGCCGUAUAAGAGUUUAUAAAUAAUUUAUAAGUAUGGGGGGGAUAUAUAGAAUAAA